AUGUGCUUUUCAUGCUUUCUUUUAGCUGAUGUGUCAGUGGGCCAGGAUCCAACUAACACUGUUGGAUCAUGUAAUAUACUUGCAAGGCGUCAUGCAGAAUUAGAAUGUUGCACAUUUCUUCUGAUAUUUACUGAAAAGAGAUUUAAUUUGCAGAAGAGCUAUUGUGCUGCUGGUGAACUUGGAGUGAGGCAUUAUGUCAUUGUUCUCUUUCUUCUUAUUUUGUUUUACAGUGUGCUAAAUGAACGACAACAUGCUAUAUUAGAAGAAUUUGCAAAGGAGGAAAUUAACCAUGGGAAGAGCAUGGCCCUUGAAGGAAACUGGUUCUCUCUAAGGGUCCCAUUUGGGAAGGUAUCUCUCAAGGCUUCAUUAGAGAUUUGCUUUCUGCCUUUCGCGGGAUCCCGAUUGUCCAUUUACCACUCCCGCUAUGGAGAAGACAUACUAGUUAAGCUGCGCCAAGACUGCACCUACAAUCCCGUGGUGCCACUUUUGUCCCUUUUGGAAAGGAUUCAUUUUAACUAUUUAUGCAGUGAAGAGGGUGUGCUGGAUACCUUCCGUGGUCACUUGUCGGUUAGUGUGGCCCUUUGUCCUUUGAGGGUGGGCCCCUCCUGCCAUGUCAGCUCAUACCUCCUCUUAGCCUUGACACGUGUUCUUUUGUGGUCAAUACAUGUGUCCUUAUUUUAUAGGCCACUACAUUUGGCUCCUGUGCAUGUUGGGUCUCGGGAAGAGGCCCACACGUGCACACCAUAG